CGUGCGGAUUGCGUGCUCCUCUCCCCGCCAUGAGUUGCUUCGGAACGACUUUCUUCGACCAACGCAUGCGCCAGUCGGGUACCUACCAGGUGAAGCUGAGCCGCGAAGGCCUGGAAGCCUGGGGUAUUCAGACCUUGCACGCAGAAGGCCAAGAUGAUUUGGUGAUUGCUAGCAUCAACCGGAACGGCACUCCUGUAGGCAAGUGGAACCAGAAAUCUGACGAUCCCGUGGUUCAUGAUAGGCCCAUUCUGAAUGUGAAUGGCCACAGCAGCAUCCAGGACAUGUUGGAUGAGCUCCGCUACGCCCGAACUUUGAAGAUGGAAAUCUCUCUUCGUUUGAGUCGUGAGCACCACAUCCUGCUCCGUCAACAUCGUAGGUCAGAGGAGCUCAGGGUCCGUGUGGCGAAAGUGGAAGCGAUGCUUCAGGAGGCGCCACAGAUGGAAGGCGUUGCUGACGCUUGUCCAGUGUGUUUGGAUGACAUGGCUUCACAGGGAUCGGUGAAUCGGCUUCCCUGUGGCCAUUGUUUCCAUCGAAGUUGUAUCUCCAAAUGGUUGGUCAAGGCAUUCUCUCCAACCUGCCCCUCCUGCAAGAAGCAGCUAGAGAUUCCAGGCAUGGAUGAGGGAGAAUACCAAGAUGUUGAAGGAAGUGACAUACAGGCGAUGAACUUUUGAUUUUCAAUGAUUUGCAAACUAGCAGUAUAGUUGACUAGGUCAGAAGCUGUGGGUCAACCACCGCCCAGUUUGCAUCCGUUCCAGAGGCUUUUUCCAGCAGAUGCGUUGCAUGCACUGCCGUGACCUAGGGCACUAGCGGAUCCAAUGACUUCACAUGUUCU